UGAAGAAGUCGCGCGGAAGAGACCGAAUUGUCUACGAGGUAGAGGAAGGCAUCAAGAUCUGGCCAUGCGGCUCAGUGCUCAGAGCCAGAGGCGCCAAAAGCAUCUCCCUCCUGCUUUAUUUUGUUUUACUGUAUUGUCGUAUUAUUUUUUACUUUUUGUUUUUUUAUUUUCAUUCAUUGCUUUUUUUCGUUCUUAAAUAUCGCAAACUCGGUCUCUACACAUUUCAUCAAAGACCCUCAUUUCGUCUCAGUACUGUAAGUGCCUCAAACUCUCUUCUCUUUUUGGACUGAGCUUGAAUUUCGAUUUAUCUUCUGAAUGCUCAAAGAUUGAGAAACUGAUGACGUUUCUAAUUGCUACUAGUAAAGGCAAUGAGUUUUAAAAUUCACGAGGAACCUCCGAACGGAAUGCAUUUUUUGUGCCUCAUUUCGUCGUGUUUGUUCUUGCUUCGGAAUUUGAUUCGAUUGGGAUACUAGUGAAAAUUUAUAGGUUGAUUGAAUCGCUCUUGCAUUGAUCUUAAUACUAGUCUUGCUCUCGCUGCAUUCCUGUUCUGAUUGUGUGGUGCCGAUUCACUGAGGUGGUUUGGUUUUUUAAUUAAUUUGGUUUCUGUUUUGUUUGAUUUCUUUAAUUAUCCAUUUGUUUAUAUGCGGAAAUAUAUUGAUAUUUCUCUCUCUCUCUAUCUCUCUCUCUCUGGCUCUUUAGUCUUUGCGUUUAAUUGUUCUGCAGAAUUAUUUGAUUGUUUGCUGCCAUGGUUAAGUGGUUCAAUGCUUAAUUAUUGAAUUGAAAUAAACGCAACAACCGAGCCGCGAAGAGUGAUAGUUGUAUUUUGAUAACUCUCAUUUCAUUUUUUUAAGAAAAAAACUCUGAAUGAUUACUUUGUCAUUCUUUUGCGUAAUAUUGAUGCAUUUUGUUCUGCUUAUCGACUCUAAUAUUUUCUUUUUGAUAAUUUGCACUUGUUAUUUUUAUUAAAAAAAAAAUUGUUCCGUGCCAAAGUUGGUUGAAGACCAUCGAGAAUUCCUUGUUGGAGACACCGCACACUUGUGCCUCUAACAUUGACGUCGUCCUUCCUUUGAUUAGCAUUCUUUCAUUUUAUUAUUUUAGGCUCUUGUUUUACUUCGAAAGCACGUAUGCAUCGCAUGGUAAUAAUUAUUUUUUCCUCACCCAUGGAAGAUGAAAAUUCUCGUUGUAUAUCAAAUUGAGAUGAUGGAUCGGCAUCUUUUGUCUGUUGAUUUUUGGUAGUUAGCUGCGCAUCGAGUUAUUGAUGCACCCUUUUCUUUUUGUUAAUUUUGUAGUGAGAGAUACUUUUUCAAACCUCUCAACUGUGGUUUAUGUUCUGGUGCAAGUUCACUAGUCCUCAAAUAAUGUAUAUAGUUGACUUCCGGAUUUGAAUUUUGUAAUAUUGAUUAAACACUUUCUGAACCUCUUUUGUGCUGGGAAGCUUCCCUGGAAUGGAAGCAUCUGGCUCGAAUGUGCCACAAUAUGACGAUGAGGAGAAAGCACUGAAGGGCUUGCUCGACGCAUUUAGUUCUACAUGUUCUCUUGAUGAAAUAGCUUCUGCUUAUUGCAAGGCAGGUCGAAAUGCAGAUUUGGCUGCUGAAGUUCUGUAUGACAUGCAGGGAAGUGGCUCUACAUCUACUACCAAUGCAUCUAAUUUUGAGGUAAAGGAGGAAGAAUCUUCAGAGUCAUCCUGUGGUAACUUUUCUGAGAAGUUGGGUCAGGAAAAUGGAAAUCCUAGAGCUCCAAAGCAAAAAAGUCGUCCAGUUUCUGGAGGUACUGUUUCAAGCAUUCUUGGUAAGGACUAUAUCAGGUCCACAUCAUCAUCAAAAGGGUCUUAUAGGAUGAGCAAACCAUCCAAACCGGACUCAUCAGUGAUGCUGAUGUCUGAACUUUCUGAAGUUGAAGCUAAGUCAGGUUCUCCAGUUGAUGAUCCAAUGCAUUGGGACAUGGAAGAUUUUCUUUUCAGAAUGCUUGGGGAUGGGUUCAAGGUGGAUAGGAAUGUGAUCCGAGAAGUUAUUGAUUAUUGUGGAACUGAUAUGCAAAAGUGCAUGGAGAAAUUACUUGAACUAUCAGCAGCAAAUUUAGGCACAAGGAACAAUUUUAUUAGUGAAUCUACUGAAAAGUUUGCAGACAAGGGUCAAAAAGCUGAAGUAUCUUCACAUCAAGGAAAGCUGCAAUAUGCAAAUCAUCCCAGAAGCAAUGGAAACGGAGCUUCAUCUAUAAAUGAAGUAGAACCACCUGGAAAAGUUGAAGAGAAAAAUGGUCUCCAGAAGGAAGUUUUGGUUGCUUUAUUUAAUGCUCCUGAGAGACAUGAUGAGUUUCUUAGAAGAACAACAAAGGCUGUGAAGAGGUAUGCAGCACUUGAGCAAGUGGUGGAUGGACCUAUAAUAGAUGACCGAGAACACAGGAAGACUGUGACAUACUUGCAGAAAGAUAAUGAUGAUAUCGAUGAUGAGGAUAGCUACCAAGUUCUUCGUAAAGCUGUGAAGGAGUAUCGGGGCACCAUGAAGGAGUACUAUAAAGCUGCUCUUGAUGCAUUUUCUGAGGGCAAUCCUGUUAAAGCAGGAAAACUUCUAGAUCAGGGACAUUUUUUUCAUGAGAAGGCUUGUGAAGCGGAUGAAGAAUCCAAUAGAAAAAUUUUUGAAUCUAGAAAUGAUGAGGCACAAGAUGAAAUGACGCUCGACUUGCAUGACCUUGGUGCCAAGGAUGCAUUACGCCUUCUGAAACGCCAUCUUUUAUCAUUUUCAGGCAUCCCAUCAUUCAAGUCCCUUAAGGUCAUUUUAGAGACAAAGGAUGAAGAUGCCACAAAAGGAUCUCGUAGACGAAUGGUUAUGAAGCUAUUGGAGAAGGAAUCCAUUGCGUGGACUGAAGAAGAAAAUGCUGGAACAAUAUUAAUCCACUUGAACAGAAUCAACCGAAAACGUUUGAGUUUUGUCAAAAAAUAAUGCAUUAUAAGAUCAAGUUGAUAUCCCCCCAAAAAAGCAUCUAUUCAUAUCAAGGUAAAAUUAUCGAUUCUUGAAAGGAUGAGCACUGUAAGCAAUAGAGGCUAUACGGUGGUAGAGGAAAACAAUUGUCAACAGUUUGAAGGCCUCGCGUGUUUAUUGCUGGCCCUUUCUUCGUUGGUCAUAAUUUGUAUGAAGACUUUUCCUGUUUUAGCCUUACUGUUGUAUGUAAGCAAUGCUGCAAUGAGUAGAAUUUCUGAAAUGUGAUGACUGUUUUUAAGUUUUUAACCUGAUACUUCAGUAUUUUCAUCAA